UAUCAUACAUACCAAUGCCCUACUACUACUAUUACUACUGUAUACCUGGUUUGUAAUUAGAUAGCCUAAGUUUGUCAAUGAAUAAAGUGGUAAACAAGAUAUUCCGUAUAAAGUCCAUCAGUGGUAAUAUACAACACCAAUCAAAAGGUGGCCUAACAUCAGUUGACACAAACGGAAAGUUAAUGGAUAAGGAGUCGGCCAAACGUGGCUCAGACAUUGGCAAUCCGUACAGUUUUCAGCAUAAAAUACACGUUGGCUUUAAUGCUGAAACCGGUCAAAUGGAGGGGUUGCCACCGGAAUGGCUGGAAUUGCUUCGCGAGGCAAACAUAUCCAGUAGUGAACAAUCGAAAAAUCCUAAAGCAGUGGUCGAUGUACUCAAACUUUUUGUAACCAUAAGUCAAAAACAAGAGAAAUGGAUCGGAAAAGAGGAAGUGAUUGCCAGUGAAACUAAAGAGAUUGAAAGACAAUUGGAGAAACAGUGCGCUCGAACCCAGGCGUUCAAUGGUGACGACCUAUUGUCAGAUAUUAACAGAGAGCUAACUAAUCGACACUUUUUUACAAAAACUAAAUUUUUUGAUACACUUUUGGACGAUAUCUACGACUGUGAAUCUAUCGAUAAAAAAGGUUGGACAACAACACCGCCGCCAAACACACCAAACCUAUUAAAUGAAGAACAGUUGGUCACCGACGACACUACCGAUGAUAAUAGUAAGCAUUGGAAUUGCGAGACUCAGGAUAAAGAAGAGAUGACUGAUGAAGAAGUUAUCGAUCGUUUGAAAGACAUCGUUAACAAUACGGAUGAUCCGCUCGAUAGAUACGAUAUCAUCAAAAAGAUAGGUUCGGGUGCGUCGGCUACUGUUUAUACGGCCAUUGAUAGUCUGACCGGUGGGACUGUUGCCAUCAAAAAAAUGAAUUUAUCGCAACAGUUGAAAAAGGAACUCAUAAUUACUGAGUUAAUGGUUAUGAAAGAUCAGAAUCACGAAAAUCUUGUCAAUUAUAUUGACAGUCAUUUUGUGGACAAUGAACUGUGGGUUGUAAUGGAGUAUUUAGAGGGCGGGUCACUGACCGAUGUUAUCAAUAGUUCCGUACUUAGCGAGAGUCAGAUGGCCUGCGUUUGUCUGGAAGUACUCAAAGCAAUAGUUUAUUUACAUUCAAAGAGUAUCGUUCACCGCGACAUCAAAAGCGAUAAUAUUUUGCUGGGAAUGGACGGCACCGUCAAAGUGACAGACUUCGGGUUUUGUGGACACAUCACCGGUGACGAGAAACGCCAUACAUUGAUAGGUACGCCUUAUUGGAUGGCACCGGAAGUAGUAUCCAGAGCUCAGUACGGUUACAAAGUUGAUGUCUGGAGCUUAGGUAUUAUGAUGAUUGAGAUGAUUGACGGAGAGCCGCCUUAUAUGAAUGAAUCGCCACUUAAAGCUCUUUAUUUGAUUGCCACACACGGAAAACCUGACAUCAAGAGUCGUCAUCAGUUGUCACCCGAUUUGCUUAACUUUAUAGACAGUUGUCUCGAGAUAGAUGUCGACAAAAGAAGUUCCGCCGCAGAGCUCUUAAACUACGAUUUUAUGGCCAAAGCAACUGACAUGUCAUCUAUUGUGCCGUUGAUUAAGGCAUCAAACAAAACUAAUUAA